UACGGGUUACCGUGGAUAGUUUUUACCUCCUCGCGCUAUACGCAAUCUGUGCGACAACAUUCCAGUCAGAAUAGGCCCUACUGCACUACACCAGGAAGAUGAAGGUCUAGUAACAUAGACAUAUACUACCGUUCGUUUAUAGUCUACUUCAGAGAACUAAAGAGAGCUUCCGGACUCAAGACUGGGUCGCUCAAGACUAAACCAUCGAAAAAGUUUUUCAAAUUUGGUAUAUCAGGGUUUUAGGCAGAUUCACUUUGAAACAAUCGGCACAAUCCAACGCAGACAAGUGCAUUUAUCUGCUCAAGCUUGGAAAAAUGACAUGCAACAGUGUCACGAUGUGUUGGAUACAGACACGGAAUACAAACAGAAGAAAAAACAGCUAAGUUUGCGGGAGUUGUGGAGUUCUGAAGAAACAUUCCCAUCUGUGCACGAGAUUGGAAAGGAAAAGAAACGAAAGAAAGAAAAAAGGACAAAAACUUUUGACAUAUACACAAAACGAAGAAGUGAUCAUUCUCGUAGUGAAAAGACACAGACUUUCCAGGAGAAAACAAGAGAUACAGACAUAUUUCGUGGAGAAGACAAAUAUUCUGAUAGAAAAGACCUCAGAAUUGAUCAUUUUACAAAUAAAAAUGAAUUCGGGAGGAGUGGCAAAUCCAGGUCCGAGUUCAGUCGUUUAGCUUUACAGGAGAAAAAAGACAGGAUGUGGAAAAAUUCAGACGAUGGUAAUUUUUGGAGAAAUAGCAGAAAUAAUUCUACAGAAGAUGAACGCGACUAUCUGACGGGAAAUGUUCAUAUAUCACCGAACAUUAAAAAACAAAGGGACGAAGAAUGGUUAAAACAACUGGAAAGUUUUAAUAUGAAUUUUGAAUGUUCUAAAAAGACAUCCAAGUAACAGAAAUUAAAGUGCUAAUCCAAUGUAUUGUGCCAGAAUUGCAUCUAAUUUAAUUCUUGUUAUAAAUAUAUAUGAAAUAGAGCCAAUGUGCUGUCGUUUUGAAUUGUGAAUUAAUAGGUCGUUCGCAUUCCCCCUUGAUACCCAGAGCCCCACUUGAUUUGCACUCUUCUCCUUCUAGAAUAUAUCUUCCAGUCACUCAGUUUGAAGCUCUUCUGUUUCUGGAAGAUCUUCUACCUCUUCCGUCUCGAAGCUGAAAGAUUUUUAUCUUCCAAGAUGGCGGUGACCAUGUUUAAGUGUGCGAGUGAUGAGUUCACUAGAGAAGGAUUUAUAUAUAAUUAUGACACAAACAUAUACAUGUUUGUGUCAUAGCGUUUGAGAAAACGUAAAAACUUGUUUGUUUAGGGUUAUAGUCUUCCGGUUUACUCGAUUUAAAUAUAACGGAAUGCGAUCUUCUUAGAAGGCUUCUCUUCCGAGAAGAGUGCAAAUCGAGUGAGGCUCUGGGGUAUGCAGAGGAUUGAAUAGGUAGGAUAUAAACUAUGAAGAGAGAAUCCCAACAGACAGGAGGCAGACUCUAGUUUUUAUUAGGUAGUUGGUUUACCAGUUUUACCCACUCGGCUAAUUAAAGCAAGAAGACCUACCACCUGCCUGUUGAGAAUGUCUCUUCUUGCUCGUAAUUCAAUUCCUUUUAGUAUUUUAUAGUUCUAUAUACAUUUUCUCCACAAAAGUGUAUGACUUGGGGCAUUCACUUGACCAAAGCAAAUAAAAAUUGCAUAUG